CAUACUCCAUACGGAAUGGUGUAUACGGUACCCACAAAACUAAUUUGUAUAUUUUAACUACAAAAAUUGCAAAAUUCUUUUUGCUUGUUUUUCACAAAUAAAAACAAUAAAAAUAACAUCGCAUCAAUAUUUGUUUUUACAAUAAUACACGAUAAACUUCAAUAAAACAAUUUCGCACAUUUCCACUUGAAUUUCUGUGCUUGAGAGGAUUUUUUGUGCGCAAUUUUCCAGCAGCAGUACCCUUUGCCUUUGGGAUAAUGGCUAAUAAUUCAAAUAAGCAGCAGCAAUCAAGGUCCAAAGAAAACAACAAUUUGCCCCGAAAUGUCCAACGCGAACUCAAAGCUAAAAUAACCCAUUUUCUGGAUUACGGAGAAGCCGAAACCCUCAUUCUAACCGCCCUGCCCAAUGAUCACCGAAAGUUUCUGCACAAAUAUGCGGCAUCUAUUGGCUUAAAAUCGAAGAGCUUUGGCAGCAAAGAUAAACGCGAACUACACAUAAGUCUACGCGCGAAACGAAUAACUCUCGGACACACCAAACUUUUGGGAUUGUCCGAUGAGACUAGAACUUAUUUCGACAAACCCCUUUUGCAAGAACUCAGGGAGAAAAUGCUUGAGGAGAGCAUCGACAAUUGCGAAAAAGAACGCAGUCUUUUCCGCAAGGGUUGCUUGUUGCUGCAACUGGGUCCACGUCUGGUUCCGCCACGACCACCCAGAGUUAAUCUACAAAUGCAGCGAGACAGAAUGGAUUUGCCAAUUGCCAUGUAUCAGAGUGCAAUUAUGGAAGUGCUGCGUAAUAAUUCUGUUGCUAUUAUAAAUGGCCAAACUGGCUCUGGAAAGACAACCCAGGUUCCCCAGUACAUUCUAGAGGAGUGUACACGGUUCAAUAAGCCGUGUCGUAUUAUUUGCACACAGCCGCGACGUAUCGCAACUGUGACUGUGGCCAAUCGAGUUGCCGAAGAACGCUGCGAGCCCAUUGGUGAAACUGUUGGCUACCAAAUACGUUUAGAAAGUCGCAUGCGAAGAACUACAAAUCUUAUCUACACAACGAGUGGUUGUGUUUUGCGAUCUAUUAUGGGAGAUGCAAAAGACUUUUUCCAAAAAAUCACCCAUUUAAUCAUUGAUGAAAUCCACGAGCGUGACAAAGACACCGAUUUCACUUUGAUAACCGUCAAAGAACAACUCAAGUACAAUAAAAACCUUAAAGUCCUUCUGAUGUCAGCUACAAUGGACAUUAAUUUGCUGUCAUCGUUCUUUAACGAUUGCCCCAUAGUUAACGUACCCGGACAAGGCUACAAUGUUAAAAUCUACCAUUUGGAAGACAUACUUUUCCACACUGGCUAUCGUUCUUCGUUGAUGGAGAAAUAUUUGCGUCUAGCUGCAGCCGCACCAAUUAAAAAAGUUCAAGCCGAUAUACACACACAAACAAACUUCGAUCUUAUAAUCAAUGAGAUAUUAGAGGCGAGCGGAAGGUUGGAGAGUACAAUUGAAUUAUUCGAUCAACUGCAAUACUACAUAGAGAACGAGGGCGUUGCCAUCGAUUUAUGUCAUUCGAAGAGUGGAAAAACCGCACUCAUAGCUGCCGCUCAGUGCAAUCUUCCACGAUAUCUUGAGCGUUUCCUUCAACUUAAUGCCGACAUCAAUAUUCGAGAUUUUUCGGGAAAAUCGGCUCUGACCUAUGCUGCGGCAUUUGAGGAUGGCAUUUGUUUGAAAUUGCUGGGAAUGUCUCAUCAAAAUAACGAUUUACAGAUCAUGGAAAAGCAAACAUUGCUCUCCGCUUAUGCCCAGCAGUUCCACGAUGAUAACGAAGUCGAUCACUAUUUGAUUCUGUCUCUGAUCGAGGGACUUUAUCGCAGCAAACAUCCGGGCGCCAUAUUGGUUUUCUUGCCGGGCUACAAUGACAUUGUAAUGCAGAGGGAUUUAAUAGAAAGCACCCUCCCCUCGGGAACAUACACAAUGUUCAUUUUGCAUGGUCAAAUGGAAUCGAGCGAUCAGCGAAUGGCACUGCAGCCGCAACGCAAUCGCAAAAUCAUCCUGUCCACCAACAUAGGACAAACGUCAAUCACAAUUCCGGAUCUCGCAUACAUAAUAGAUUCGGGCAAGGUUAAGAUGAAAACGCACGACGUGGUGACAUCAUCCUCCGAAUUGCGCUCCGUGUGGAUCUCCCAAGCAGAUGCCCGACAGAGGUCCGGACGCGCUGGACGCACGCAAAACGGAGUAUGCUACAGAUUGUAUUCGCAUGAAAGAUUCUAUCAAAUGAGCCCGCAUUGCAUUCCAGAACUCAUGCGCAUUCCAUUGACGGAAAUUUGUCUCUAUGCCAAAUCGUUUGAUCCACAAUCAGACGUUCAAAGUUUCUUAUCGCGAGCACUCAACCCGCCCUCAGGCCUAAUUGUGCAAAAUGCCGUAAAGAAGCUCAAAAUCAUCGGCGUCUUCACUGAUGACGAACUUAUAACCGAAUUGGGUAGACACUUAGUGGAUAUACCCGUAGAUGUGCAGUUGGGCAAAGCCCUAAUGUACGGCAUAUUCUUUAAGUGCGUCGAGCCACUGACCACAAUAGUGGCUUUCCACUCGGUCAAAGACCCUUUUAUAUUACCCACCGAUCGGGCUCUUCACGGGACCGCAUCGGUUCAGCGCAAAUCACUUUCUGGCGACUAUUACAGUGACCAGAUGGGAAUCCUCGUUCUGUAUGAUUCAUAUAUGUCUAUAAGAAAUAACAGGAGAAGAAAACAAGAAUUUUGCAAUAAGCACUUCCUUUCCAUGCCGUGCAUGGAGAUAUUCUGCUCAACACGAAAACAGAUUCACGAUGUUAUUGUCAGCAAGUACUCAAUUACACCGGGUCAUUCAAAUAACUAUGAUUGGAAUCUAAUUCGUCUUUGCCUGCUGGCCGGUCUCUAUCCAAAUAUUGCCCUAAUCGAUCGCAAACGAAUGAACAUCAAAUCGGGCACCGACAAACAGCUACUCCUGCAGCGGAGUUCAUCGCUCAAUCCACCAGGAAAGAAGUCACUCAAAGAAUUCGCCAAUAAGCUACCAUACGAUUGGCUUGUCUUCUAUGAGAAAUCCAAACUCUUCAACAACUACAGCAUCAAUAUGAACACAUUAGUACCGCCUGUCAUGAUCGCAUUGCAGUGUGGCCGAGAGCAUUUGGUGGAAACGCAAGGCGACGAAGAAGAACAAACCAAUGAUGAAAAUAACGAACAAAUUGCACGGACGAGCACGCUUUCUUUAGACAGUUGGAUUAAAUUUGCUAUGAGCGAAAAUGAUGCUGACAUUUUGGUAACCUUAAGAAGUUUGGUUGAAAUUGAGUUUAUUAAGUUUUUAUAUCUUGGACAUUCGGAGACAUCGGAAAAAGCUGUGGAAUAUGUUAAAUUUAUUCUCAACUCCGAAGUUGAUGAAUGUACUCUUACAUUUAAGCAGUAAUAAAAAACUUAUAUAUAUAUAUUUAUAUUUAUAAUAUAACUUAUUAUUUAUAAGCUAGAAUCUGGUGAAAUAGAAGCUCAUCUUUUCUGAUAAGGAAAGCUUUCAAAAAUUCUUUUUUUUUUUUUAAUUUAAUUGAUUGUGAUCAGGAUUAGAAUCAGAAUCACAUAAACAAUACAUACAUACAUAAGUAGGAAUAUAUAUAUAUAUAUAAAAAAUACAUAUAUCAAAUAUUUGUCUGUUUUUACAUACAUACAUAACUUCAAACUAAGUUUAUACCGAUGACGAAGAUAAAGACGAAGACAAACUGCAACAGCUCGAAACUACGAAAAGGGCACCGCAUCAGUCGUCGUCGUUUUGUGUUGUAAUUUCCCAUUUCUUUUUAUCAUGAAUUUAAACAUAAAUAUUGAUGUUAAAACAAAUCUUAAUCCACAUUGUUUGUUUUCUGUUUUGAAUCGAUGUAAAUUUAAUAAUCUAUAUGAUAAAUGUUAAAGGACAUUAUUAUUUAAAUGGCUAUUUUAUUCGUACAUAUACAAAAGUAUAACGUAGCCUUUAGUUUAAAAACACAAGAACACAAAGUGAUCUAAAUGAAUAAAGACGUUGUAACAUCAAUAACAAUUAACAAAGUACCGGCUUUAAAUUUAAAUUAAAAACCAGACUACAUUUUAAAACAUUUCCUUUUUCUUUUUUAAAUUAAAUAUUCCAUUUGUUUCAAGAAUUUAUUUUUCUUCAUUUAACAAUAUUUUAUUUGAAUUACAUUAAUAUUAAAAAAAAAACAAAUAACUUAUGUUGUACUUCUAUUAUUUUACAUGCAAUGAAUAUAUUUUUUAAACAAACUCAUAAAUAAUAAUUAUCCUUAUCAAUAAAGAUGAUAAAUAUAUACAUUGCCAGACAUUUAGCUAUUGAACAAGUUUAUAAUAAUCUUAAAAAUUAUACAAAACAAACAAACAAAAAUAAAAACAAUAUUUUGAAAUUAUAUGCACAUUGUUUUACAAAUUAAACAUUCGUUAGGAUGCUUAGACAUUAUAAAUUGGCUAUAUCUGGUCGUCAUUAUAUAUUUAAUGUUAUGAAAAAAUUUAUUAUUGAUCAUUCAAAAACAAAAAACAAAAACAAAACAAAAAGAACGAAUAUUUUUCUUUUGAAUAUGGCAUUAGAGAUAUAUAUGUGAUUUUAUACAUAAAAUAAACAUGAAAUAAGUAGUGUAA